AUGGCAGCCGCGGACGCAACCGCGACCACGCCGCCGGCGCCGCCACUGCCAGAUGACAUCCUCGUGGAGAUCUUCCUGCUCCUGCCGGCCAAGUCUGUCCUCCGGUUCCGCGCCGUCUGUACGCCGUGGCGUCUUCUCCUCUCCGACCUCGCCUUCGUCCGCGAACACCACCGACGUGCACCUCACGCCAUCCUACUCAGCAACCCGAUCAUCGACAACGGCGACGCUGUCUCCGCGCUCCCGUUCCCCUACGCCGACCAAUCGACAGCGGCGCCCCUCUACUGCGGCACCACUUGUCAGCAGACGUUCCUUUAUGAGUGCUGCGACGGCUUGCUCCUCUUGCGGUGGAGCCGCGCGCUUUCCGUGGGCGUCUACCGGCAUGCGCCCACGGCAGAGUACCGCGUCCUCGGAUACAACUCCUACUGGUGGUCACCGCCGUCCAUAGGCCAGCAUCGUUAUGAGUACCUCGUGGCGGCGCCGGGCCAGGAGAGGGCGAGGAAGCUCGAGCCCACCGACGUAUGGACGUCCGCAGACUGCAUCAACUCGAGGUUGGACCACCGGCCGGUGAUCCACCGCGGCUGCCUGCACUGGAUGUCAUGGUUCUACAGCAAAGGGGCGGUGGUGUUCGACACGAUCUCGGAGGAGUUCCGCCCGAUGCAAGGCCCGCUGGACGGCGACGCUCGCAUGGACCGCAUGCACGGCAGGCUCGUGGCGCUGGACGGCACGCUGGGCGCGUCGGUGUAUCAAAAUACAGAGAAAGAUUGGAUCGGUCAUGUCGUUUGA